AUGUCGCAGAAUAUAACAAAACCCUUUUUUAGGGUUUACAUAUCUCGGUGGUUUGUGUUGGGGUGUAUAGGCAGCUUGCUGGGGUGUAUAGGCAGCUCAGCAUACACCCCAAAACGCAGCAGCAACAGCAGCAGCAACAGCAGCAGCAGCAGCAGCAGCAGCAGCAGCAGUUUGUCUCCUUUUGACUCUCCUUUGUCUGUCUCUCCUUUUGUUUUUAUCGAAGCAGCAGAAAGGGGAGAUACAGAAGCAGAGACAGAAUCAGCAGCAGCAGCAGCAGCAGCAGCAGGAGAAUCAGCAGCAGCAGCAGAAGAGGAUGAAGGGGAGUUCGCUGCAGGCGAGACAGCAGCAGAAACAGAAGCAGAAGAGACAGAAUCAGCAGCAGCAGCAGCAGCAGCAGCAGCAGGAGAAUCAGCAGCAGCAGCAGCAGAAGAGGAUGAAGGGGAGUUCGCUGCAGGCGAGACAGCAGCAGAAACAGAAGCAGAGAAACCCCCAGCAGCAGCAGCAGCAGCAGCAGGACAAAGAAAAAAACCAUCAGCAGCAGCAGCAGCAGCAGCAGCAGCAGAAGAAGAAGAGGAAGCAGCAGCAGCAGCAGAAUCAGAAAGAGAAGAAUUACCGCCCCCCUCUAAACCCUCUCCCCCUGCAGCAGCCCUUGAACCCUCAACAGCAGCAGCAGCAGCAGCAGCAGCAGCAGCAGCAGCAGCAGCACCAGCAGCAGCAGCAGCAGCAGCAGCAGCAGCAGCAGAAUUUUUACCUGUUUCUAGCUACAGCGAUGGAGCUGAGCUCUGCAGCUCUCUCUCCUGCCGAUCCGUCCUCUCGGGCGCCAGCCCCUCAACACCCAUCAAAGGUAAACCCUAA